GGGAAGCGGGGCUGGCUGCUGUCGUCAGGAAAACACUGAUAUUUCUCAAAGCUGCUGCCCUACUUCGAGAAGGAUAGCUAAUCUAUUAUUACGGUGGCUUUAUUACUGAUGCAGUUUCCACCUGGAGCUAAGCCAUUAUUGAGAGCUUUAAAUCAGUUACAUCAGCCUUUCUUCGUGUGUGGGAUUUGGAGCGUGGUUAAGGAAAAUGGCAUGAUCUGCCUGGGUGUGUUUUGGCUCCCGGGUGGGCAGUUUAGUUGAGGGUGCCUUUCAGUUCAUCCCAGUGCACCACAGGAUCGUGGCCUGGAAUAAGCAGCAAGGAGUGCCAGCAAGCCUUGGCUGCCCUUCUGCUUCCACACCUAGGCGUAGCACUGCAUGCUCUUCACCCGAAUCAGAAAUGCAGCAUACCAGGUUGAUGUAGAAUCAGUGCUGUGGAUUUUUUCAUUUUACAGAUUUUGUGUAUGACUUUGGUGAGCUAAAAUAAAAUCUUAGUGUAAGAAGUACUCGGUGCCAGCGUUCCUGCUCGUUAUGGCCUUUGUUUUCAAUACCGAUAAAGCAAUACAGUUCCGGUUUAGUUGCAGUAAGACAUGGAUGGUUUUAAACUGGGUGUCAGACUUGGUUAUGUAACAUUAUCUGAUGAUCUCACUGCCUUUUGGCUGAUGGCAAAAUUGGCAGCCUGCUGUGAGGAAAACUUGAGGAGAUUUGUGAUAAAUGGCAGAGAUAGGUAUAUUUUUCUAAUUGUAGAUGUUUUCUGGUAACCUACAACGGCAGUAUGGAAUCACUCACGUUGCUGCAAAACGUUAACUUUAAAAGCCAUUGGCAUAACGCAGUAGGUGUAAAUACUGUCAGUAUGAAAUAAAGUAUUUCUAAAGGAAGGCUUUGCCAUGCAAGACCAUAUUAAACUAUUUGUGUGUCAGAUGAUAGCGUAAAACUUGAAAGCUGUAAAAGAGUCUAUUUUGAAAAAAAGUUAUCUAACUUAUUCUGUAUGACGCUACAGACACUGCUGAUCUAAACAAAAGGAAAAUGCUUUUUCCUUGCUAUUGUAGAACAAGAACAGGGAUACAACCAAAAAUGGAAAAUCAAAAGGUGCAGAAAACGCAGUGUGAUAUGAAAACAGAUCUGAACUUACUGCUUGAAUGCCUUAAAUACCAGAUGGACUGCCCUUCAUCUCAGAAAGAGGCUUUGAUCACUAUUUAUUCAAUUUGUCAACAAAACAGUGAAGCAAGUGAAUAUUUACAAGAAAUUGGUGGUUUGGGGUUUAUAAAUGAUCUUGCAAAGUCAAGUGCUUAUGGCAUAGUGAAGGAAGCAGCUUUAUUUACACUGGGAAUGAUAAUAGAAAGUAAUGUUUACUGCCAACAAACUUUGUGUACUUCUACAUUAUUUGAGGAGCUCAUUUUAUUUUUAAUGAAUAAGGAUUCUGGUGUGAACUUGAAAAGAAUGUCUGUUUAUGUCAUCUUAGCACUGGUUUCAAAUAAUAAACGUGGGCAAACCUAUGUCAGAGAAACAGGCUGCAUUGGUCUUCUUCUACAGUUAUUCAGAACAACUCUUUCCACAUCUGAGCUGAAUCUGUCAGAUGAAAAUACGAAUGGCUGCUAUCAGCUGUGGUCUUCAGUCUGUAGUACGCUCUGUGCCUGUGUUAACAAUCCUCAGAAUGAAGAUAAUCAAAAGAUUUGCUGUUCAGUCUUUCCGUAUGCGAAAGAGUGGCUAGAAAGUUGCAUGGAGCCCGAGAUAGUUCGUCCUAUUUGUUCAUUUGUUGGCCUCACGGUUGCAAAUAACUCCCCUGUGCAGAAAUAUUUUGUUUCUGUUGGAGGAUUGGAUACCUUAGCUCAAGUCCUCAUCAAGCUGAUGCGUGAUGAUUCCUGCGUGAGUCGCUCUAGUGCAAAACUUGCAAUAGUAGUAACAAAGACGCUGGAUGCCUGCAUUGCUAAUGACUCUGCCGUGACUGUUGUUUUGGCAAAGUAUCAUACUGUGUCAGAACUGCUGAACCUACUGUCUAAUGACACUCUGGAUGCAGGAGAAAAAAUGAGCAUUAUUCUAACAAUUGGACACUGUACUGAAGUCUGUGAAGAAAACCAGUGUGAACUGCUCAAGAACAAUGGUCUUCCACUUAUGAUUCAGGUACUAACUGAGUCUCAAGAUGAGGAACUACACAAAGCUGCUACUUUUGUGCUGCAGAACUGCAAACAAAUGACUGAACAGCUGUCCUUGAAAAUAAAUGACAAGUCCCUAGGUGUGAAGAACGCAGAAGAGCUGGAGAUGGACAUGCAAAUCAAAGAAAGAAGUCAGCAAAACUACUGGAGGAAAGCAGAAGACAUUCUGCACAGAAUAAACUUGAUUGAGAAAGAACAUGAUGAGAUUAGCAUGUUUACCAAGGAAGGAGCGCAAGGAAGACUGUUUGACAGGACUUCAGAAGCCAAUAUUGAAGCAUCAAAAUCCCAUGAAGCAAAUCCCAGUGGUACAAAAGCAUAUAUAGAAAGAACACGCAAAGAAUUACGUGGUCCACAGUUAAUCUCUAAGCUGGAUGAUCAAGUUCUUGCUCUAGCUGUAAAUUCUUCUGCACUGACUGUGAAUCCAGUAAAUGCUUCUGCUAGAAAGAGGAAACAGAGUGAUAUUCCAAGUUCAGUUUAUGAGCUGCAAGCAGACUGUGUAAUUCAAAGUCAUAGUAUAAAUGAAAAAACUGCUUGUGAAAAAAGUCAUUCUGUUCUUCAAGUAAGGAAAGGCUUACUUCAACAACCAGCAGAGACUAUUAAAGAUAUGAAAUGGGCAAGCACAUCAGACCAACAAUCAUUCUACUCAGAGAUAAUCAAGGAAGAAAAAAGUAAUUUGAUUACAGCUGCAUCCCUUAAAAUGACAGAUUUCAUGUGUUUAGGUUGUACAACAACAGGACUGUCUUUCAAUAGUAGAACUUUUAAUAAGAUGUUGCAAACUUGUCCAUACCGGUGUGGCCGUCACAAAGUCAUUCUGGAAGCUGAAGAAAGAUAUAAAAAGAAACUUCAAAAAUCAUCCAUUUCUAACAAAAGACAUGCAGCUUAUGAGAAAAUAAUGAUGACUCCAGUGAAGAAAGGAAAACCACGUGUAGAGACACCUUUUAAGAGCAGACAGGAUGAUUUCCAAAGUAUUCUUUUGACUCCAAUUAGAAAAAGCAAGCCUGACACUUCAAAUAGAUAUGAGCAUAAUAAAAAUACUCAGUUAACUGAAGAAUAUAACUUGCUACCAACAUAUAAAAAAUGUGAGUAUCGCCAGAAAAUUAAUUCUGUAACAAGCCUAACUUAAAGAUCAGGUUUUACCUUUAGUUCAGAGCAUUGAAAAAAGCAUCCAUGCUUGCUGUUGGAGACAAAUGGCUGAGAAUUUUAAGACAUUCUUGUAGCUUCAGUCAUAGCAUUACUGACGCUUAUUUUCAGUUAAAUCCUGUUGUUUGCUAGUUGCCUCCAGUACCUAAAUAAUUUGGACAUGUUAAUGCCAAUAAUGGAAAAAAAAAUCUAAUGAAAAUUAGAUAUUAGUAAUCAGGCAACAUGUGCAUAUUCAUGUUCUUCAGAAGAAACGUUCCUUCACAGCACUGCAGUCAGUUUUACAGUUGAGUUCAGUUAGCUCAAAGUAACUGAGGGUUGGUCUUGUUCACAGUUUGGUAUCUUUCCAAAAAAGACGAGAUGCUCACUUGGAGUGUGAAAGAAAUGUGCAGCCAGGAAUGCCAACAGUUAAAAGAAAAUUGUAUCCAUUCACUUGAUGAAGUUACCUAUGUGCAGCCUAAUACACUUGUGUAUUUAUAAAUGUAAAAUCACUGAAAAUUGUGUAAUUUCAUUUGAAGUCACCUUUAACAGGAGCCCAGUAUCUAAGUGAACCAUACUAAAUACACAUCCUUCCCUUUUGAUUCUACUGCAGUCAUAGUGAUGUAUCCCUGAAAUAAAUUAACUAGUUUUCUAUUGGUUUUUCUCAAAUAAUGGAUAUGGAAGUACUCUUAUGUCCUGAACCUUGUGCAAGUUUGCACAGUAUAGAAAUGGUACCUACCUAAAAGAAAUGGCUGUCCUGACUGGGAAAUGAAUACUGAGAGUGCAAGUUCUGUAAGCAGAACAAAAAUACAGCAUCUUUCUAUUGACAUUUACCUUUAUUUCAGUAAAUAGGUGAUGGUGAAGAAAAGGCUGAACAUAAUACAUUGGAAAAAUGUCAUUGUAUUGACUGUGUGUUUGUUCAGAACUAGUUAAGAUUGUAUUGCCAGCAAUAACACAUUACUUACGUAUGUUAAAUAGUAUGUAAGUUUACAUAAUUUUUUAAUUACACCAAAAUAAAUGCAGAACAAUGAGAGAUGUUACCUGGAUAUAAACACAAGAACUUUAAACAAGAGAAGAACCUGGCAAAAUUUCACAGAUGAAGAAAUUAAUUAUCUUUUAACUAGAGUAAAAUAAAUGGGUUGAUUUUUGUGGUCCUAUUCAUUUCAGAAAGGAUGGACAAAUGUUAAUCUUUCUGAGAAAUACAACAGGUUACAAGUAAAUAAUGUCAAUUUUCCUACAAAUCCUACAUGCUAUCAGGUCAUUUUUUGAGCUUUUGUCCCUGACUGGGCUUGCAAAAGAACAUGGGAUGAAGAAUUGGCAACCUGUGGGGCUGAUCUUUGUGUCAUUUCAGUGCUGUGCACACUAAGAAUUCGAAUGGUCUCUCACGUAAUCUAAUCAGUUUUUACGCUAAUAAGGAACGGGGAAACACUAGAGAGCCUUUGACCGUCCAGUGCCAACUGACAGGGAGCAAAGAGUUUCAGUUAAGGGCUGAAUUAAAAUCCCCAUGUUUGCUGGGAAGUGGAUAUUUUCUUGGGGCUCGUGCAAUUUUCUGUCGCAGUUUUCACUUCAUUUCAUGUGCAUGUGCCUUACACAGAGGUGUGGUCUGUGGAUGGAGUAAUAGCAUUUCUGCUGUACUCCGGGUAAAGGUGAGUGUGUGUUGUGUGUGUGGGGGGGGGGUUAGUGGCAACCGUUUGUAUUCUGAAAGCUUUUCUAGAAUUGUGCUGCGUUUCGUGGUUGUCUUGAUGGUUUGAUCUCCCAUCUUACAGAAACAAGAAAAAAACAAGGAUCAUCACCAAUGUAUUUCAAGAGAAUUGUGGAUUUGGAUGCAGGAAGUUGAAGAACAGCAUUGUUAACAGUGAGGUAUAGUCACAACAAUUCCAGCUUCUAGAGAAUUUAGAUGAGUUUGGACUGCUUUGUACUGCUAACCUUCGUAACUGAAAUUGUUAUGCUUUGCAGAUGUCAGUUAAAUUGUAAGUUUUUAUAAAUAAUGCCAAUAAACCCUUUACCAGUGGAAGUUACUUGUUUUUUAAAAUUUAACCUUCUUUGUGAACUUUUGAUUAUGCGACAAUUAAUUUGGCUUUGUUUGAAUUUUUUUAGUUUGCUUCAUCCUAUUUGUAAGAAAAGGCCUAUUGCUAAAAUGCCAGAAGCUGGUGAGAGGUAGUGUUCUGAAUUCCUUCCUCUGCAUCAGUGAAAGCAGCAGCUAAAAGACUUUGUCAGGCGCUUGGUGUGUGAAAACACCAAAUGUAUGUUUGAAAACUGCUGAAUGUAGUAGAUGAAUCUUACAUGGGUACAAGUAAAUGGAAAUACAGAGCUUGUGGAAAUGUCAGAACUUGUAGAUGGAAGAUUUAGUAUGUGGUUCAUCCGCAGUGUUUUCUGACUGCUGUUAAUGACUUGGAUGACAUUGGUCCUACAUGAAAUACUGCAGCUGUGAACGACACAGCAUGUAACUACUGGUAAAUUUGACUUCACUGUAUGUGGGACUUCUGUGCUUGUUGUUCAAGUUAGUGAGCAGAACCCCUGUUUCUGCUAAUGGCACCGCAUUUUCUAAAUCUUUAGCGAAGGCCUUAGUAACUUGUUUUUUUUUCCAUGAUUGCCUUAUUAUUUGAAUUCUGAUUGUUAGUUUAAUAUAGCAAAAAUUGAAUUACUUUGCAGUAGGCUUUUGUAAUGAUGUAGCUCAAGUACUUAAAAACAAGCAAGAUAACCUGAGAGAGAAUGACUUGCACCAAAGAUGAUGCUGAUAUAAUAAAUAGGUCUUCUAAUGUUUUUCA